AUGGGUACAAGCAAGAAACUCUUUGCAGUGAGGCAUCAGAGAGCUUUGGAGAACCCCAGCGCCGUGGUGGGAGACAACCUCCAGAGCUCUGCGAGCCGAAUCAGCGAGAUGGGCAGCGCCCCCGUGGAGCCAGCCUGCCAGCUGUGCCGUAAGGUGCAGCUGGACCCAGACAUCUAUGGGGUCAGGCUGGAGCAAGACGGGAUGUGCGUGCACAACUUCUGCGUGUUCUUUGCCAGUGGCAUUUCUCCUGUCGCCUCCGCAUCAGACUGGGUGAGCUACUCCCCGUCUGAUGUCCGAAGAGUCAUCGAGGAGGCGGCAGAGAAGAGAUGCCACGUCUGCGGCCGGCGAGGAGCUGCCAUCGUCUGCCGCGAACGCAGGUGUGAGCGGAGGUUCCACCUGCCCUGUGCCGUGCGGGGGCGCUGCCUCACGCAGUACUACGGCAGCUACAGGGCAUACUGCUCACGCCACCGCCCGCGGCAGGCGAUGGGCAGGGACCCGGAGCCCGGCACUGAAUGCCUGCUGUGCCUGGAGGAGGUGGGCCGGAGAAAGUCCUUCAGGACCAUGGGAUGCCCAACCUGCCAGCAUGCCUGGUUCCACAGGAGCUGCAUCCAGGGCCACGCUCUGCGUGCAGGCUCCUCAGCAUUCCAGUGCAUGCUGUGCAGGGACAAGGAGGAUUUCCAGGCGGAAAUGCUCUACAUGGGCAUCCGCAUCCCCGCUAGACCACCAGCGUGGGAUACCCUGGAGGACUUAGAAGGCCUGAUGGCACGGCACGGGCGCUGUGAUGCCACCGAGUGCCUGUGCCCAGCAGGCAGGGAGCAGGCAGAGGAGGAAGGCCCCUGGCAGCUGCUGCUGUGCAGCUCCUGUGCAGCCGAAGGCACCCACAGGAGCUGCUCCAGCCUCAGCGACAGCGCAGCUAGCUGGGAGUGCCAAGGCUGUGCCGGCCCCGGCGCUGCUGCCAGUGCCAGGCAGGCAGCAGCGGGGCCUGAGCAGGGCUCCGCAGAGCCCGAGGGCAGCAGCCCAGCGGCUGCCCCCGGGCCCGUCUGGCAGCGGGUGGGCUCCCGCCUGCAGCGCCGCGCCGAGCAGAGCCCCUACAGCCGGGCGCGGAGGCGCCGCUAG